AUGCCACCAAAAGGAAAUCAAAUUCACGUAAGCAACAUACAAAGUUUGGCUAAAAAUGAAGAAGUAUAAUAAUUACUAUCAAGUAUUGGACCCUUAGUAGAAUGGAUACCAAAGUAUAGAAUUUAUAUAAAUUUAUAGACGAGAAGGAGAAGUUAAAUUCUCAUGUAUAGCUGAAUAUUAUGAUGAAUUUACAGCCCAUAUUGCAGUAGAAACAUUAAAUGGAUAUAAAUUUUAAGGAAGAGAACUAAAAGUCAAAUUGCAUACAAAUAUAAGCACCUACAAAAUAUGUAUGAUUUCUUUAUUAUAUGUUUUUUUAUUACAGUACCUUAUGCUAUCGAGAAAGUGAAUUAUAAAACAUCGAAUACAUAUAGUAUGAACCUACCUUUAGAAGAAUUCUACACUACUCUUACAACCACUAAAAAAUUGGCUAUUCUCAUUGAUUUAAAACAAGCAUUUUUUAAUAAAGACGAUCUGUUAGAAAAACUGCUUCGAGACAAUCCUCGUAUGACUGAUUUCAUCCUUAAAAUUCAAAAAGAUGUUAUCAAAGAAUUUAAAACAAGUAAUAUUAAUUAUUUACACCAAGAUAAUACUAAUAAUGAUGAUAUUUCACAUAAUAAUCACUAUCAACAAUUUCAGGUAUAUUCUAAUUUAUUUUUAGAAUCACCAAAGAUAUUAAUGAAUCAUAUAUUGAAAACUUUAUUUGUUGGAUAACAUUCAUUUAUUAAAUAAUACUAAAACUCAACAUAAAACAAAAGAUGGCAAUGA